UAGCAGGCUACAACAGCAGCCGUCGCAGGGGGAACAGCUUUACUGAUAAGGGCACAUGACGGUUUUGACUGGUAGCCUAUCGCUGCGCUGCCUCUCAACCUUUCUGUGUACCAGAUAUCGGCGCAUCCACUUGUUGAGCGUAGAAGAAGUGCAGCGAGGCCCUCACUAUUUAAAGGGUGGCAACAUGGCUCGCGGUUUAGUCAAACGGGAAUCCGUCGAGUCCGAGAUGCACAAGUCAGAGGACCAGAGCAAGACGUUUGUUUACACGAAGAAGAGGGGGUAUGAUGUCACGCGCAACCCCCACCUCAACAAGGGCAUGGCCUUCUCCCUGGAGGAGCGCCUGCAGCUGGGCAUCCACGGCCUGCUGCCCCCCUGCUUCCUCUCCCAGGACGUCCAGCUGCUACGCGUACUGCGCAACUACCAGCUCAAGAAGGACGACCUGGACAGGUACGUGUUUCUGAUGGGGCUGCAGGAUCGUAAUGAGAAGCUCUUCUACCGGGUCCUGACGUCGGACAUCGAGCGCUUCAUGCCCAUCGUCUACACCCCCACUGUGGGCCUGGCCUGCCAGAUGUAUGGCCUCACCUUCCGCAGACCCAGAGGACUGUUCAUCACCAUCCAUGACCGAACUCACAUCUCAACCCUGCUUCAGAGCUGGCCGGAGAAGGACAUUCGGGCAGUGUGUGUGACGGACGGUGAGCGCAUCCUGGGCCUGGGGGAUCUGGGCUGCUAUGGCAUGGGCAUCCCGGUGGGCAAGCUGGCCCUCUACACCGCCUGUGGAGGCAUGCCCCCUCAGCAGUGCCUGCCAGUCAUGCUGGACGUGGGCACCGACAAUGAGGAGCUGCUGAAGGACCCUCUGUAUAUUGGCCUGAGGCAUAAGAGGAUACGUGGACAGGCCUACGACGACCUCCUGGACGAGUUCAUGAAGGCCGUCACAGACAGGUAUGGCAUGGACUGUCUCAUCCAGUUCGAGGACUUUGCCAACACCAACGCCUUCCGUCUGCUGGAGAAAUACCGCAAUAAGUACUGCACCUUCAACGACGACAUCCAAGGCACAGCUGCAGUGGCAGUGGCCGGACUCCUGGCAGCCCUCAGGAUCACCAAGAGCAGACUGUCAGACCAUACUAUUCUCUUCCAGGGCGCGGGGGAGGCGGCCAUGGGCAUUGCUGAGCUGAUUGCCAUGGCGAUGGAGAAGGAGGGCCUUCCCAAGGACCAGUGCCUCAGAAAGAUCUGGAUGGUUGACUCCAAGGGCCUUAUUGUCAAGGGCCGUGACCACCUCACCCAUGAGAAGGAGAGAUUUGCCCAUGAGCACGCCCAGAUGAAGAAGCUGGAGGAUGUGGUGAGGGAGCUGAAGCCCACAGCUAUAAUAGGGGUGGCUGCCAUUGCCGGAGCCUUCACCGAGCAGAUCAUCAGGGACAUGGCGUCCUUUAACGACCGGCCAAUCAUCUUCGCCCUCAGCAACCCCACCAGCAAAGCAGAGUGCACUGCAGAGCAGUGUUACACCAUCACAGAGGGCCGAGGCAUUUUCGCCAGCGGAAGCCCAUUUGACCCCGUGACCCUGCCUGACGGCCGCAAGCUAUUCCCUGGACAGGGCAACAACGCCUACGUGUUUCCUGGAGUGGCACUGGGAGUCUCGGCCUGCGCCAUCCGCCACAUCACGGAAGACAUCUUCCUUAUUACUGCAGAGACCAUUGCUGACCUGGUGACAGAAAAGGACCUCUCUGAGGGAAGACUCUACCCUCCUCUCACCACAAUUCAGGACGUGUCCUUCAAGAUCGCCGUCAAGAUCGUGGAGUAUGGCUACCAGCACAAGAUGGCCACGCUGUACCCGGAGCCGGCUGACAAGCAGGCCCUGGUGCGCUCGCUAGUCUACAGCACCGACUAUGAGGAGUUUGCCGUCGACUCCUUCAAGUGGCCUCAGGACGCCAUGACCGUCCAGAGCUGCAAGCUGUAGCCAGGCCAUGCUUAACAGGGACUGUGCCUGAGGAGGUGGAGGAGGAAGAGGAGGAGGAGGAGGAGAAAGAAGAGGAGGUGGAGGAGGAGGACGACGAUAAUGAUGAACUAGUAUAACUGAUUGUAGCACUAUUUUUACAUGUUCUUUACUGUAUGCUGCUUUGUAUGCUUUUGUGUGUCGUCCGCCGUCAAUUCCAAAGAAAUCAAUUUUAAGAGACAAUGCCUAAUAAAAUGGCGUUUUUUAUUACCAA